GCGGAAGCUAAGGUAGCGGCGGCGAGAGCGGCAGCAGCGCGGAGGGGCGGUGGCAGCGGCUGCGUUCAGGGCCCCUCUGGCCGCCUCAGGUUCGAGUGUCCCCGGGCCCAGGGUUUGGGUGAGGGUGGGCCAUGCAGGAGGCGGAGGAGCCCGCGCCCCCUCCGCGGCAGCCGCCUUUGCCCCCCGUUUAUAUCUACAGCCCCGAGUACGUCCGCACUUGUGACUCGCUGGCCAAGGUGCCCAAGCGGGCCAGCAUGGUGCAUUCCCUGAUUGAAGCCUACGAGCUGCUGAAGGAAAUGAGGGUGGUAAAGCCGAAGGUGGCUUCCAUGGAGGAGAUGGCCAGCUUCCACACGGACGCCUAUCUGCAGCACCUCCAGAAGGUCAGUGAGGAAGGGGAUGACGAGCAUCCCGACUCCGUGGAGUUCGGCCUGGGCUACGACUGCCCCAGCACGGAGGGGAUCUUCGAUUACGCGGCCGCAGUGGGGGGCGCCACCAUCACGGCGGCCCAGUGCCUGAUUGAUGGAAAAUCUAACAUAGCCAUUAACUGGGCCGGAGGCUGGCACCACGCCAAGAAAGACGAAGCCUCGGGCUUCUGUUACCUCAACGACGCCGUGCUGGGGAUCCUGCAUUUGAGGAGGAAGUUUGACCGCAUUCUGUACGUGGACCUGGACCUCCACCACGGAGAUGGCGUCGAAGAUGCUUUCAGUUUUACUUCCAAAGUCAUGACUGUGUCCCUGCAUAAAUUCUCUCCAGGUUUUUUUCCAGGAACUGGCGAUGUGUCUGAUGUGGGCCUCGGGAAGGGAAGGUAUUAUAGCGUCAACGUGCCCAUUCAAGACGGCAUACGAGAUGAAAAGUAUUAUCAGCUCUGUAAAAGUGUCCUCAAGGAGGUCUAUGUAGCCUUCAACCCCAAAGCAGUGGUUUUACAGUUAGGAGCCGAUACCAUCGCUGGGGACCCGAUGUGCUCAUUUAAUUUGACUCCAGUGGGACUCGGGAAGUGUCUUAAGUACAUCCUUCAGUGGCAGCUGGCCACCCUCAUCUUGGGAGGAGGCGGCUACAACCUUGCUAACACAGCCCGAUGCUGGACAUACUUGACUGGGGUCAUCCUGGGGAGAACGCUCUCUUCUGAGAUCCCAGAUCAUGAAUUUUUCACUGAAUACGGCCCGGAUUAUGUGUUGGAAAUCACCCCCAGCUGCCGGCCUGACCGCAAUGAGCUGCACCAAAUCCAGCAUAUCGUGAAUCGAAUUACAGGGAACUUGAAGCAUGUGGUUUAGCGGGGGUGGGUGAUGGGUGGUGGUACUAGAUCUGAUUUUGACAGUAUAGGAAAAUUUCUUGUAAAGCUGACUUUGUGUUUUUUGUGAAUUUGUGGCUGUGAGAAAAAAUCUGGAUGAGAUUACUUCCUCACAACAUCAAAUGGCAGCUAGUUUUCCUGGGGUUCAGUAGGCAAUCACCCCAGAGGUCUAAGUAGAGGGCUGAAGGGAGAAGAAAGGUAACUUAAGGUUCAGGUGCUUUUUCUGAAACAUAGUUGAGACAAAAUUAAGAUUCCUUUUUAAAAAGGCAAAAGCAGUUUUUAUUCUUGGAAAUUAUUUUCUGGUGAGUUUGGGGUGGGGAGUUUUUAUUUUUUAAGCAAGAAAUGCUUGGUUAGUUCACUGUCAUUGAUGAAUUUGGUCAGCAGUACUACUAGUGGUCAAAUAUAAUUUUUAUUUUAAAAACAUAAAAAUUAUAUUUUAACUUCA